AUGAAUUUCUACGCAGCCUCCAACAUGCCCGUGUACCGGGUGGAACGGGACACGCGCCAGAAGAGCUCCAGGCAGGGAUCCAAAACGUCGAGGAUCCUCGGCAUCCCGAGUCCACAAAGGGAUACCGCGCCACCCCCCGUCAGACCUGUCACGUCAUCCGAUGUUGUGCCACACGACACGCUCUCCAUCGACGGGUUCCUCGACCCUGCUGUUGAGGGCCCGCCGUCACCGGAGAGCCUUCGCGAACUAAGCCAGCAGAUGAAGCGCGCGUCCGUCCGCGACAAGCAUCAAAGCCACCAGACCAGCUCGUCCGGCUCCUCGUCACUGCGGUCGCUGACCUCAGCCGACCGGCCCUCGUGGGAGAACCCGCUUGACGGAAAGACGUUGUCGAGGAAAUCUUCGGGGCGGUCGACAUCCAGCAGCAUGCCUUCGCGGGAGCGGCCCGAGAGCGUGCAGAUAUUCGGCAAGACUCUCUUCAACCGGCGACCGAAGGGGAGGCGCGAGAGCAGCGCCCAGAGCUCGUCGAGCUCUAUGUAUUCGACGGAUGCUGCGGCUGACGCCGCGCUGCCAUCCGCCCCAAGUCGGGACUCAACCAUCCCAGCGCUUUUUGGUCUCCGCCGGAGCAUCAAACCGGACCAGGCCGCCGAGGCACACCGCAGGCCUAAUAUCUCUGGGCCGUACAACUUCAAGCAUGUGGCCCACACCCAGAAAGAGCAUGCCCUCGAUUCGCAACACGGCAACCGGGCCACUCUCGAAUUCCUCGAACAAUUAAAUUUGCAUAUUCCCCCUCCGCGUCCUCCAAGGUCACCAGUUGACCAGUUCGCCCCGAAUGGUAUCUCGCGUGGCCCCAGCCGCGUCUUGGGUGGUCGCCAUGAGCGCUUUGACUCGAUAGAUAGGCCACAGACGAGCGCUAGCUUCCGUGGGCAGCCGCCAUAUGCCGACCCCGGGAGUCCUCCUGCGACAUCGUAUGGAUACACCCCAGAUAUGGACGUUAUUCACGAACAUGCUUAUUCUGCAUCCAUGAGCCCACACGACGACGCCAACUGGCCUCUGCCCUGCCCUAGCAGCACCGCUUCCGAAUACACUCUACCCAACGUGCCCGAGGAAGAUGAAAAUGCCGUGGCGACGAAGAAGUCCCGCGCAAGCGUGGCCAGCAACUCGUCCCUCCGCGGAAGCCAGUCGGUCCCGAUGUUGAGGGGACUUGCCUCCCGCCAGGACGACGAUUCGGGCCGCCGCCCCAGCGAUGCUUCCGACACCCUGGGUCGGUUCGAUAUGUUUGCUGCGCAGCUGGCUCUCCGAGAAGCGCUGGAUGAUAACGGCGACGCAUUGCCUCGGGAGGCUUGGGAGGACGAUAUCGACUACUGUUAUGACCACGAGGCGGAGGCGGAUUGCGAUUAUGAGUGGAGCCGCCCGUCCCUCGAAACAUGCAGAGACAACGACACGGCCACGCCCGUUGACGACCAUGGGCGAGGCGUCGAGUCUUGCGGGGCCUCUCCUGCAAUGCUGGCGCCAGGGCAGUUCGAUGUGCCGGCUCUUAGCCCCGUCAGUCAACUUUCUUUGGCAACCCCGCAAGAAGCGAUCACCCCCACGGUGGUGAACAAUCCCAAGGCCUCGAACUUCUCGCUGCCGAGAGUCGACUCCAAGAACCUGCUUCACGUGCGGAAGCCGUCUGACGCGUCCAGCUUCAAAGAAUCACACGGCUUCACCUUGUCUCCGUCUCUCCUAAUCCCCAUGGACUAUCAGCAGCAGAUGUUGGCCUGCGAGGCGGAAAGGCAAGAAGCCUCUGACUUUGCUUUUCGUCCUUUCGACGAACCAGAGCUGAACAUGGACCCAUCAGCGCUCCUCCUUCGGUAUCGUACCAGCGCUUCGACGACCGGCACCAUCGAAAGCACCAGCUCGGCAUUCGAUAAGCACAACUCGACCGCCUCGACGUCUACUGACUACACCCGGUUGACAGCGAGCGUGUCUUCGCUCGACAUGGAGCCCUGUCUCCCGACAAGUGAGCCGCUGCAACGCUUCCCAUCAUUUGAGUCACACGGAAGGGGUGAGAGCAAGGCUGCCAUGCCCACGCUCCCUGAGUCGGAAGAGGCAGCUCAACCGUCUACCCGCCGCCCCCACUUCAAGAGCCGCGGCAGCGAGUCUAAUCUUGGGAGGAUGGCCAUGGACGAGCCUUGGCCGGGGAAACCCAAGCCCUCGAUCCUGACGAGACGCGGACGUGCCAGGACCACGAGCCUCAGCACACCGCCCCCGGCGAAUCAGUAUGCGCUGUUCCCGCAAGUGCAGCUGAGCGGGAACCGGAUCUAAAUAGAUCCACAAUAUCAGCACACAGACACCACACACCCACGCACAUACAUAUAUAUAUAUACCCCGAAACACACAACACUCACCUGGGAUGCACCGUGCUGCUCCCACCGCCAUCAGAGCCCACAGCGCUCUGUCGUCAUAAAUUUCCUUUUUUGUUAAAAACACAUCCUGUCAUUGCCUCAAUUAGCAUCUGGAAGCGGAUGGGAAUCAAACCAUAGACUUGGGAUGGAUGGUGCGGGUUUGGCACCAAUGGCCGGGCGGCGCAACCUGAAAAGUAGUCGUCUUCUUUCUUUCCCUUUAUCUCUUUUCCAGGGCCGACUUUGUUCGUCCUGUGUUGCAUCAUCGCUCCCUAUUUUCUUUUAUCUCUCGACCCAACUCUCGCUCGAGAUGUUGGUCGCUGCCACACACUGUCUUCCCUUGACACAAUUUUCUUGACACAACACGGUGUGUAUGGAUUGGAAAGUCUGUACCGGCUAGGAACAAGGCACUCACUG